AUGGCCGCCCCCUCCACAGCCGCCGGCACCGAGCCCAAGCGCACCACCAAGGAAACACACCCGCACCUCCCUCCAGGCCUCAUCCUCGACGAGAACGGCAAGGUGUGCAAGGUGUGCAACACAUGGCAGGAUUUCGGCAAGAUGAAGGUGAAGAAGAAGGCCGCCGCGGGAGCCGCGCCAGCGGCGACCGCCGCGACUGGUGCUGGUGCUACGACUGUGGCCGCGGCGGCGGUGGGCUCAAGCAGCACGCGGACGCCCGACAGGACCAACUGUCCGCCCGACACGGCAGAACUAGGGCGCGCGACCUGGGCCUUCCUGCACACGACGGCAGCGUACUACCCGACCAACCCGAGCGCGACACAGCAGAACCACAUGCGCUCGCUGCUGCAGAGCCUGCCAGCACUGUACCCGUGCGGGUGGUGCGCCGACGACUUUGGCCGCGCGAUCGCUGCCGCCCCGCCCGUGGUCUCGAGCAGGGAGAGCCUGAGCAGGUGGCUGUGCGAGCGGCACAACGAGGUCAAUGUCAAGCUUGGCAAGAAGGCGUUCAGCUGCGAAGAGAUUAGAUAAGACGUCGAGUAGCCCAGUCAUUCAUGGCAAUGCCACACCUCAUGCAUACACCCCUCGUACAUAUAAUACAGUCUAGUAGUGCCCCGCCCCACGGCAGCGGCUCGCUGGCCCACUCACUCACUCACGCCCGCGCUACGCGCGCGCGUUCGCGGCGGCCGAGCCACACCUUCUGCUGCCACCCGAGCAGGAUCGGCAGCAGGUCGGUCAGCCCGAAAUCAGGCCAGUACGUCUUGACAAAGUGGAUCUGCGUGUCCUCGUCGGCCUGCCACAUCAUGAAGUCGGACAGCCGCUUGACGCCAGAGGUGCGGAUGAAGAUGUCGAGCGGGCCGUGCCCGUUGUCUACUGUCGCUGCUGAUGCGACGGUCUGGAGGCGCGAGAAGACGGUUUGGGAUGUGAUUUUUCUGCGGCGCGUCAGCGGCGAGGCGAGACGCAACAGUUGGCGGAGAAAGGUCGCACGCGGACUCACUCUGGCGAUUGCGUGCCCUCCGCCACCGCGGCCACCGUGUCCCGCACCGCCGCGGUCAUCUCGUCCCGGCUCCCAUAUGGCCCACACACGUUGAGCACGCCGC